GCCGCCUCACCGCUGCCUACCCUGCAGACAGAGAUCAUGCGGAACGAGUUCGAGCGCCUGGCGGCACGGCAGCCCCUGGAGCUGCUCAGCAUGAAGAGGUACGAGCUGCCAGCCCCAUCCUCCGGGCAGAAGAAUGACAUCACGGCGUGGCAGGAGUGUGUGAACAACUCGAUGGCACAGCUGGAGCACCAGGCAGUUCGCAUCGAGAACCUGGAGCUCAUGUCCCAGCACGGGUGCAAUGCAUGGAAGGUGUACAAUGAACACCUGGUUCAUAUGAUUGAACAAGCCCAGAAAGAGCUUCAGAAGUUGAGGAAAAACAUUCAAGAUCUGAACUGGCAGCGAAAGAACAUGCAGCUCACAGCUGGGGCUAAGCUACGAGAGAUGGAAUCCACGUGGGUCUCUCUUGUCAGUAAAAAUUACGAGAUUGAACGAACUAUUGUGCAGCUGGAAAAUGAAAUUUCACAGAUCAAACAGCAGCAUGGGGAAGCAAACAAAGAGAAUAUCCAGCAAGACUUCCAGUGACUUUGUCCUGACUCUCUUACUGCAGCAUGGAUUGAAAACCACAGAACAGAAUAUUUGGAGAGUCUGUUGUAGACAUCUCUAGUUGCAGUUGUGUGAGAUGAUAAAAGGAUAUUUUCAUUGUUUCUUGUUUUAAAUUCUGGGAGGACGUGGAGUGAAUUCAAGGUGUCCUGUUUAAUGUAUUACA